UAGUGGCGAAUGGAAGGAAAAAGAUACUUACUUUCUCUCUGUUAACCUGCGAUGUCGAGUUGAUUUUUAAUUCCUGGUGUACGCUCGAAGCUCCAUUUUUUUUUAAACGGACCAGAGCGCUGAAUAUGGCUAGCAAAGUAUGGCAUACAGAAUUGUGGAAGUCAUGGGAUAAGCAUGGGAAAAUUGAUUUCCUCAAGCUAAUCAAGCACAAAUUUAAGGAAGGCAACACACUAGAAUGGAGACGCGGAUUAUACGAAUUAAUAUCAAAUGGAAUCCAUGGAAACGUAAAAAAGGACAUUGUAGUUCAGACAUUAGGUGAACUUAUGGGUUUUGAUGGUUCCAUACCAUCUGCAAUAGUGGAUAUAUUUACUUUAAUUGAUGUAGAAGCUCAUAAUGAAGAAAGGAGUAACUUUUAUUAUAUUGUGAAAGAGUCUGAGAAGUUUUUGACCGAUAGAAUAUUGAAAGAACGUUUAGAGAUUGAAACUUUACAAGAUGUAGGGACAUUGAAAAACAAAAAUUUUCAAACCAAGUUUAUAAAAGUAAAAACCAAGUUGUAUUAUAAACAAAGAAAAUUUAAUUUAUUUCGUGAAGAGAGUGAGGGCUAUUCUAAGCUUAUUGUAGAAUUAAAUCAAGAGCGUCCAGAGAGUGAGGUGGCGUCUACAUUGGAAAUUGUUAAAUCUCUUAUUGGUUAUUUCAAUCUUGAUCCUAAUAGAGUACUCGAUAUCUUAUUAGAAACCUUUGAAAACCGACCACAAGAUGAUGCUCUAUUUAUUCCCUUAAUACGUUCAUACAUGAGCGAUCAGCAGGUACUUUGUGAAGUGUUAGGAUUCAAAUACUGCUCCACCAUAAACGCCACGCCGUUCUCGCUGCAGAAGGUUACCGCGUUAAUGCUGCAGCAUGGUGUGAUUAAACUGGAUGAUAUAUUACCUUGGCUAGUGCCAGACGAUAAAAUUAUCAUAUCAAAUCAUGAGCAAGUGAUGAAGCAGGCCAAGGAAUACGUGCGAAAAAUGAGCGUGAUCUCAACAAAAGAUAAAGAGGACAUUGCGGAAGAGAAGGAAAAUGCACAAGACAAAUAUGCAAGCAAUCAAAAAUUUGGAUUAUGUGAAGCGCUUUUGGAAGUUGGAGCUUGGGAAGUGGCACAAAGUUUAUUCAAUCGCUUGCCGGAUUAUUGUUUUACAGAUCAACGUCCCAUAGCUCUAGCAUUGUGUAAAAUGAUUCAGGCUCUUGUUGAACCCGUAUACAGAAAACACUGUAUUGUUUCUCCAAAAUUAUCGGGUCUUAAAGUGCCUCCGUUGAAGAGUUCUCUCUCUCCGCCAUCAUUAUGCAAUCUAGAGGACAUUCACGGUUACUUGUUGCCAAUGCUGAUUGUACUUGGACCGAAUCUGCAUCAGGAUCCUAUUCUAAUGUACAAGGUGAUGAGAUUGUGUCACUCCGCUAUUAAGCACUGUUCACUUGACGCCAGCAAGCAACCAUUGAAUAAGAACUGCAGUCUCUAUUAUGAUGUUCUGACGAUACUUGACGUCGCGUUACUACCUUCCCUUUCCUUCAUGGAUUGCAACUGUUGUGUUGCUGAGGAAUUGUGGAAUAUUCUCAAAUACUAUCCAUAUCAGAAUCGCUAUUGUCUGUACGCGCGCUGGAAGAAUGAUACGCCUUUACAACAUGCUGCAUUGCUGCGGAAACGUGCAGAUGCUCAAAAAAAGAUCAAGUCAAUCAUGAAGCGCGUGAGCAAAGAAACGAUCAAGCCAGUUGGCCGGUCAAUAGGAAAACUUACGCAUUCUUCACCAGGUGUACUAUUCGAUUAUGUCCUCAUACAGAUCCAGUUAUAUGACAAUCUCAUAGGACCUGUGGUGGACUCUUUAAAAUAUUUGACAAAUAUUUCGUACGACGUUUUGGGAUAUUGUCUUGUAGAAGCGUUAGCGGGUGCUGACAGAGAUAGAUUUAAACAUGAUGGCACCAGUAUAUCCUUAUGGUUACAAUCUCUGGCUUCUUUUUGUGGAGCAAUAUUUAAGAAGUAUAACAUCGAAUUAACAGGGUUGUUACAAUAUGUAGCGAAUCAACUUAAAGCUCAAAAGAGCCUAGAUUUAUUAAUAUUAAAAGAAAUAGUACAAAAAAUGGCUGGUAUCGAGGCCGCCGAAGAAAUGACGUCUGAUCAACUCGAUGCUAUGGCAGGCGGAGAUCUGUUAAAAAAUGAGGCCGGUUACUUUAGUCAAGUCCGCAACACAAAGAAAUCCUCACAGCGUUUGAAGGAAACACUCGCCGAGCAAGACCUCGCGGUCACUUUGUGCCUGUUAAUGGCGCAACAGAAACAUUGCGUUGUUUACAGAGAGACGGAUAAAUCUCAUUUAAAACUCGUUGGCAAGUUGUACGAUCAAUGCCAGGAUACGCUCGUGCAAUUUGGGACUUUCUUGGGUUCGACUAUGACAGUAGACGAGUAUGUGGAGCGACUACCGUCGAUCCAUUCUAUGCUUCAGGACAAUCACAUACAUGCAGAUGUCGCAUUUUUUUUAGCACGGCCAAUGUUUGCGCAUGCCAUAAAUAUAAAAUAUGACGCUCUCCGUAAAGCUGAUCCGAAUUAUAAAAAAAUGUCCACGGCUAUGAAGCAAUUAAAGUACGCGGAAGCUGCGCAAACCGUUAUGGCACCUGUCGCUCAGUCUGUCAGACCGUUGCACCCUUUAAAAGUUUGGGAGGACAUAUCGCCGCAAUUCUUAGUUACGUUUUGGUCUUUGUCGAUGUAUGAUUUAUACGUGCCGAUGGAGAGCUAUCAAAGAGAAGUCGGCAAGUUGAAGCAACUUGCAGUUCAAACCGUUGAUUCCAAAGAUAUGAAUAUAAGUAAAGGAAAGAAGGAACAAGAAAGAUAUACCACUCUUAUUGAGAAGAUGCAGGAUGAAAAAAAGAAACAAGAAGAACAUGUCGAAAAAGUUUUUGCGUACCUGAGACAAGAAAAGGAUACAUGGUUUUUGUCACGAAGCGCUAAAUCGGCGAAAAACGAAACGAUAACACAGUUUCUACAGUUGUGCCUAUUCCCGCGGUGUACAUUUACAACUGUAGAUGCCAUGUACUGUGCGAAAUUUGUACAUACCAUCCACUCCCUGAAGACUGCAAAUUUUUCAACUCUGCUUUGUUACGAUCGUCUUUUCUGUGAUAUUACAUAUUCAGUUACUUCAUGCACAGAGAACGAAGCAAAUCGAUAUGGCAGAUUUUUAUGCGCCAUGCUGGAAACUGUGAUGAGAUGGCAUUCCGAAAAAGCCAUAUUUGAUAAGGAAUGCAGUAAUUACCCUGGUUUCGUGACCAAGUUUCGUGUAAGCAAUCAAUUUUCCGAAGCGAAUGAUAUGGUCGGAUUUGAAAAUUAUAGACACGUGUGUCACAAGUGGCAUUAUAAGAUUACAAAGGCUAUUGUAGUGUGUCUAGAUUCGAAGGAUUAUGUGCAAAUAAGGAACUCUUUGAUAAUAUUGAUCAAGAUAUUGCCUCAUUUUCCUGUUUUGGCGAAACUCUCUCAGAUCCUCGAACGUAAAGUGGAGAAAGUAAGAGAGGAGGAACGUGGUCAACGUCAAGAUUUACACGUCUUAGCUACAUCAUAUAGUGGGCAGUUGAAAGCUAAAACUCCCAAUAUGAUACGUGAAUCAGACUUCCACCAUGUAGGUGAUAAGGCUGCUAAGACACAAGACACAACGAAUAAUGAAACAAGUGAAAAAGUUAGCAAUGGAGUAACGGUGAAAGAAAAUAAUAAUGGAGACACUCGGCCAGAAAAGGAAAACAAGGAGCAACGAGACAAACGGAGUUCCUCCAGUCAAACGCAUCAUGAAAACUCUGAAAAGUUCAGAAAGAAAGAAGACAGUAAGGACGUUUCAGAAGUAAAAGAAAAAUAUGUAAAAAAAGAAGAAAUAAAAGAUGAUGAGGGAUUAGAUAAAAAGGAUCGCAAAUAUUAUAAGGAAGAGCACUAUUAUAGCAGUAGUGUAGACAAUUUAGACCGAGAUCUUUCAAGUGUGUCAAAUAGCAGUGCUAGUUCGGGUCCCAUACAAGAAGGUCCUGAAAGAGUUUCAGAUGUAAAAAGAAGAAAAGUAGAGAAUACCCAGAAGGAAGGAAGACGUGCGGAUGCUGUUCUUGAUAAGAAAGAACGUUCCAGUAAAGGAAAAGCACGUGACGAACAGAAAGAGUUGCGUAGAGAAAAGAAACAGGGUCGGAAAAGGGUAAAUGUUCUGAUGUUUCUAUUAUUUAAUUAUCGCGUACGAUCAUUACAUAUACAUACAUACACAACCCAUACAAUACUGAAAAUAUAA